AUGCGUGAGCUGAUGCCGGCGUGCAAAAUGGACAUUGCCUGCCACUGGGUGCAGGCCGCCAAGAAGGAUGGCGACAAGAAAGCCAAGAAGGCCUCAAAGAAAGAGGCUAAGAAGGCCAAGAAAGACGCCAAAAAGGAGGCUAAGAAGGCCAAGAAGCUAGCAAAGCAGAUCAAGAAGCUGGAAGAAGAAGUCGAGAAGCGGAAGAGGCAGAUCAAGGGCGAAGUGCAGGAGAAGAAGAAAAAGAAGAAGUCAUCGUCAUCUUCCUCACUGUCAUCCAGCGCCAAAAGGCGCUUCUUGCAGAAGCAAGAAGCCAAGAAGCCUCCAGAGCCUGUCAUCAUUCCUGAGGAGCCAGAGCAGCAGUUGCCGGAGCAAGUGCUCAACCUUCCCGAGCGGCCGUGUCCACAAUGUGGCCAGGAAAUGCAGUGGAGCGAUCUCGCUGAGGGGGACUAUACAGAGGACUGGCUCUGUGACAACUUUGACGACUGCCGGUCCUCAAGGACGUUGAGUCGAACUCGCUGGCGAUGGAAUUGUGAUCGGUGUAGGCACGACUUCUGCGGUGCAUGCAGAGGCUACCCCGAUGGCUGGAGGACGCCGGAGUCUGAAAAGUCGCCGCCCCCCGUGGAGUCCAGCUCGGAGGAGUCUGACCCAGAAGUACACGAAGGGGCCGUCUGCGACCACUGCGAGAUGCAACCCAUCCUUGGCCCUCGCUUCAAGUGCGCGAGCUGUGAGGACGUCAGCUUGUGCAAAACGUGCUACAAGAGGCGGCAGGAGAUUCACAGACCCAGCCAUCGCUUCUUCGCCAUGAAGCCCAUGAAGUCGGAUCUACCUGCGACAGUGCCCACGAAGAAAGUCGAGAGCCAAGAGAAGGCGACGAAGAUGAAGCCCAUGGACAAGGGCAAGGUGGAGGGCGUCCCUACCAGCCCGAAAAAGGGCUCUGCCUCAGGAGAACCACGAAGCAAGCCACCGGAGCGCCAGCGGCGGGAACCAGAGAUUUCUGCUCCGCCAGAGAUGGUUCAGCCGAUGAUUGUGCCGGCGGUGGCACAAGAAGUGGCCUCGCAGAUGCAAGAGCGGCUGCUGAACAUGGGGAAGGGUUAUGCGAAAAGCUGGCAGGAGUCUGUCCCCACGCUGCAAGACCCUUCAGCAAAGAAAGCUGCAAAGGCACCCAAAACGGAGUCAAUCACGAAGGUUGGGAAGCAAAUGAAGCGCGGCGCUGCUUGCGGGCUUUGUCUCCAGCAGGUGCUGGAUUCUGCUAGCGGAGUCCAUUGCUUCCGGAUACGAUCAGAUGGGACUGAAGCAGGCUGCAGCAAAGCCGUCUGCUUCCCUUGCAUGGGGCGGGCUUCUGCCAGGAUGUUUGGCAAGGUCCGUGUCAACAAGGAGAUCUGGGUGGCCAUGGGAAGCGAAGCUUGGUGGAUGCACGAGAAGUGCAUGACAGCCGAGGAGGUCACGGAGCAUUCGGAAUUGGUGAAGUCGACUGGCUUGGAAGACAGCCUGAAAGCGAACGCCAAGCUACCGAAGGGCUGGGUGAGUAAGAUCUCGAAGACCACGGGCAAGGUCUACUACGUCAAUGCGAAGAAGGGCAAAACCCAAUGGACCUUGCCAGAGGAGGAGGCCGAAAAAGAGCCGCCCGAGCCCGAGCCCCCCCAGCCGGAGACAUUGGAGCAGACUGCUGAGACUCAGAAGGAUGACGCGGCCGAGGAUGGCGCUGGAGUGGAGCAGCAGGAAGAGCUCACCGAGCUCUAG